UGAAGCAGUUACUGGUGGAUAGAGACCAAACGGCUAGGUCUAACGCCGUUCCUCUCUUGGUUGUCUAUAAGAGAGCAAACUUGUAAGAAUCCGAAGCGCACCCUCAGGCUGCAUCGAGGAAGCCUUCUUCAAGAUUUAGUGGAACAGUAGAGCUCGUGUGAGGUACCGAGAGAAGCUUUUGGUAUGGAGUUCUAGUUGCAGGAUUCAAAAAGCUUUUGGUGUCUGAAAGAAAGUUCAGUUAAGCUCACGAUUGAAGCCAAGCGCCAGCGGAACCGCGUCGCAAUUGCUUCCUGCGGUUCGGCCCCGACCACCGCCUCCACGACGGCGAACAGGUAGCACAUCCCUGCAGCAAUCCUGCUGAAGAGCACAGCCCGACCAACUAUAGCAAUGGCGGCAUGGCGCCCUUGUGCUCGUACACAUGGCCGGAUCGGAGGGAAGUAAUUCGAGUUCAUUCAGAUCAGGCGAGGCAGAGGCCAAUCGCGGGAUUUGCAUGCUCAAAAGGCAACCAAACAGACAACCGACGGACGAGUGAAGGAGCGAGUGUUCAGCAAUAGCAGCAAAGUUAAUCGCCUUCUGCCAACGACGACCUCCCGCUGCCGGCGACCUCAAACGGGCUCAAACAGGCAGCUCAACGGCCCUAACUCCUAGGGGGGAAGGUACUCUUGGUGUGAAAGGCAGAGCCGAGCUCCCAACAAUAAUUUUGUACACGAGUUCGGUUGAAGCGCGGCUUGAUCUUGUCUGGCAUUCUGGCGCUGUUGUUGGCACGGUUAUGUCUUCGGUCUCCCCAAAAAAGACGCCACUUUUGGACAAGGAGGAAUCGAGGAACCGAGGCAUGAACCAAGGCCUCGAAGACAGCGGUGGCGGCGGGUUCUCAUGGCUGACGGCGUUGGGUUUCGCGUUCCUGACGUUCAACUCGGGCAUGGCGAUAUACCGGUCGGACGGCGACCGCGGCGCUGUGGCGUUCGUGGUGGCGUCGUACCUGGACCUGGUGCUGCUCUUCGCGUGCCUCCGCAUCUUCGAGAGGACGCCGCGGGAGUCGCCUCGCCGGGGUGUGCUCAAGGCCUGCGUGUGGGGGCUCACCACGCUGCUCACCGUCAUGUUCUCGCACAAGGUCGCCGCCAUCAUGCCGCCGCUGGUGGCGCUCGUGGUCUGGGCCAUGGCCUUCGCCACCAUCGGCGGAGGCUUCUACGCCUUCUUCAUCCACCUGGACAAGACCGCCCAGCUGGAGGAGGCGGGGAACCUGUGAAUGUUGCCGCCGUGCACGGUGGCGCCUGCUUACAGGCCGUUGGGAAAUGCUGUAAGAAUAAGUGUAGUGUGCGUAGUACUGCCUCUAUGUUUUUUGUAACCGUUUCUACUACCUAUGAUAUCGAUGCCAAAUUUCUUUCUGCCUGCAACAA